AUGGCUAGCAGCAGCAGAGUGGUGGCACAACAUGAACUUCACACUACCAUUAAGAUGACUACUUUUCAGGCUUUGUAUGGUUACUCUCCACCUCAGCUGGCAUUUGACUCAGUCCAAACUCUAGUAGCAGCAGUGGAGACUUGGAUGACUUGGAUGGAGGCAAAACAACAGUGCAUUGAGGUGUUAAAGCAUAAUCUGGAAAUGGCUCAAAAUAGGAUGAAACAAUUUGCAGACAGGCAAAGGUCAGAAAGGCACUUUGAGGUAGGAGAUUGGGUUUACUUAAAACGUCAACCAUACAGGCAAACUUCAGUAGCUAUAAGGAGAAAUCUGAAGCUGUCUUCCAAAUAUUAUAGGCCAUAUAGAGUUUUGCAAAAGAUAGGCAAUGCAGCCUAUAAAUUGGAGUUACCAGAAGGGACAUCGAUCCACCCAGUUUUUCAUGUAUCACUAUUAAAACCAUCAGCCAAGAAACAUUCAGUUACAGUAGACCUCCCUUUGACAACCAGUGAUGGCCAUCUGAAGGUUGCUCCAGAGGUAGUCUUGGAUACAAGAACUAUCACCAGAGGAAGACAAAAGGUGGCGCAGGUACUAGUCAAGUGGCUUAAUCUGAGCAAAGAGGAUGUUACUUGGGAGGAUGUCACUGUCAUCAGGUCACAGUUUCCAGAAUUCCUGCUCAAUCCUAGUGACUUAAGGGGCGGGUAUUGUUAUGAUCAUCAGAACAAUUGA